AUGGGGAAUUCGCAGGGGAAGCCGGUGUGCUCCACCGAUGAAAUCAACCUGAACCAAUUCCGAUUACUUCGCGUGGUCGGGAAAGGUGCUUUCGGAAAGGUUCGUAUCGUGGAGAAAAAGGAUACCGGUUUGACAUUUGCGCUCAAAUACAUCCGAAAAGAAGAAGUGGUUCGGUCGGAAAGUGUACGGAAUAUCAUCCGUGAACGGAGAAUGCUCGAGCAUUUGAACCAUCCAUUCCUGUGCAACUUGAGAUACAGCUUCCAAGAUAUAGAAUAUAUUUAUAUCGUGGUGGAUCUAAUGAAUGGCGGUGAUCUGCGGUUCCAUAUCUCAAGGAAAUGCUUUACCGAAGACGCGGUGCGCUUUUGGAUGGCCGAACUCGGGUGUGCGCUGAAAUAUAUCCACUCGCAAGGCAUUAUUCAUCGAGAUGUGAAGCCGGACAAUGUGCUACUCGACUCUGAAGGACACGUCCACUUGGCUGAUUUCAAUGUGGCCUCAGACUUCCGCCCUGGAAAGCCUCUCACCAGUAAAUCAGGGACCCUAGCAUAUCUUGCGCCCGAAGUAUACGAGGGCGGCGGAUACUAUUGCGAAGUUGACUGGUGGUCAUUAGGAGUAACAUUCUACGAGUGUAUCUACAACAAGCGACCAUUUGAAGGUCGUAGCCAGGACGUACUGAGCGAAAACAUCAAAAAAGCUCAGCCGAAGUACUAUGUCACUAACCCGGCAGUCUCGGUUCCAUGCUUGCGAGCGAUGGGUGCACUCAUGGAGAAGGACCGAAGCAAACGGAUCGGUGCCUCGAGUUGGGAGAGUUAUAUUACUCACCCCUUCUUCGCUGAACUCGACUUUGUAGCACUUGAGCACAAGGAAGUCCCACCAGUGUUCAGACCCUCUAGCGAUAAAACCAACUUUGACGCCACGUAUGAUCUGGAGGAAUUGCUUCUUGAGGAGGCACCACUCGAGGCCAGAGCUCGCCGACAGAAGCCACGAGCAGAAUUAAGAGAAGACGCUACAGCGAAGGAAAUCAGGGAAGAUGAGCUUCACCGUCUGAUUGAAACCAUGUUCGAGCCGUUUGAUUACACGACUGUGACUUUCCGAGGAAAUGCCGCGGAAGCUAUUGCAGCAUCGAAGAAUCCCGAAGACUGCCUUCCCCCAACUGGCUCAACGCACUCGCGACAAUAUUCACAGACCGACUCUUCGAGGAACUCGCCUCCCUUGCGUAACAAUGAUGGGUCAGUGAGUCGAUUGACUCAGCCUGAAACUCCGUCACCCCUCGGCGAGACCGUGGAUCAGCAAGACUCUAUCCCGAACCAAGCUCCAACCUCUCCCACCUCCCACCCACAGCCGCCGCCUUCACCAGCUCCACAAUUCCAUCGUCCAUUCCAUCCUCAGCCUAACCCUGCGGCCAAUCAUCUUCCCCCAGCAAACCCCACUCCUGUGCCGGGUCGUCCGAAGGGAGCAACACGGAAAACAAGCAAAGGUGGUGGUGUGCAGAUGGUGCUUGAGGAAGCAGGCAGUUGGAGUGAGUUGGCUGAUCAAAGCUCGACCCUCCCAGCCGAAGGUUAUGAUGCUGGUUCUAUCAAAGGAAAAUCCUCGAACAGCGGCAUGUUAGCCUUCCUGAGCCGGAAGAAGGGCCGUGACAGGAGUCCAAAGCCACAGGAACCAGGUGUUCUGGGCAAAGAAGGAGCUAGACAAAUCAUUAGCUGA